CCAAGCAAGGAACGGAAUCACAUUUUUGCUUCAGCGACGUUCGGGGAGUGGCAGUACCCUUAGCAUCUUACUAUACAAAGUUUUCAGAAAGUUAGCAAAAUGGUAAAACGGUAUGAAGAUAUGCUUGCUGGAGUCAAGGAGCAUAUUGCAUUGACGGAUGCUGAGAAAGCAGAACAUGAGGCGAAGUUCAAAAAAAUCGCCGGACCAGAUUCACUCCUCUCAAUGAACGAGUACAGAGUAUACGCGGAGGAAAUGAUUGGCGAGCGUAAACCAGCUCUCAACGCCGCUCUCAAGAAACAGGAAGUUGACAAUAUGGUGGCAAGAAUGGCCGCAAAGGACCAGGACGGCGACGGCAAUAUCUCUCUUGAUGAAUUUUACGACGCCCAGCUCUUCUUCAAAAUAGAAGAAACAUUUGCGGCAAAGAACACUGAUGGUGAUGUAAGCAAGAUGAGCGAUGCUGAGCUGUUGGAAUGGAUAAGAGAAUGGACCAUUAGAGAUGCUGAUCUUGUAGGAAUGAAGAAGGUUCUCAUGUUAGCUGAGGAGACUGAACUCACCACUGACAGCCUUGCUGAAGCAAUGUACAGGACCAUUGUUCCCGACUUCGCGUCCAAGGUCAACAGGGUCAUGCAUGCGUGUAGGAGGAAGUUUAAGUUUGACGAUGUUAUGAGGUCGAAUCUCUAUCAAGAAUUUAAUUUGUUAUCCGGAGGAAAGGAUUUUAUUCCGGUUACUCUAAUGAAAAAGCGUUUCAAGGAGACAUUGAAGAGGUUACUGGGGACCCCUGCCCAGGUUCGUAUUGGAAGGCGAAUAAACGAGGGACUACGUCGAAACUCGGAUCGAGCGAAGAACGAAAUUGAAAAACUUGACCCAAAUAAUGAUGGUAAUGUGUCGCGCCGAGAAUUCGAAAGGAUGUAUAAAAUUUUCAAGGUGAUCCGAUCACUGGCAGACUAUGGCGCAGACAGUGAUGACUUGAUAAGCAGACGCGAGCUGGUGGCUUGGUUGCAAAGCGUCUGUGGACUCGCAGACGACGCAGAGGGAUGCUGCGAUGCGCUCAUGAAGCUGUUCAAAGCCAAAGAUGGCACUUUGGUAAAAGCAGAUUUUUUACUCGAACUUUCGGAACGUGCAUUUCCCAGCGAUUACUCAUACACCAAUUGGAUCGGGAAGGCCAUCAGAACCGUCUUUGCCUUGAACGAAGUCGAACUAGAGGAGGAAACGAAGAAAUUCAAAGCAAUGGCUGGUGAAUCACCCUACAUCUCGGCUGACGACUUUAAAAACAACGUGAAAGAAUUCGUGGUAUCCAAGUUCAGGGGAGCUGCAGCUAAAGACAUCGAAGAAGUUAUUGAUUCGCUACAGGGCCAGGAGGGUGAUGAAAAAGUCAGCCUACAUGAUUUCUGCAGCGGCAGGCUCCGCAGGAAGUUCACUGCGAGCUUUACCAAUGGCUGCGGCGAGGACGGUCUGCUAGACAUGGAAGAACUCAAACAGUGGCUCAGCUCGGAAUUGAAAAUUCCCAAGUCCGUCGGGGUGAGCGUAAUAGCCCUCAAAUACAUGUUCAUGCCUGACGUGAACUGCCGCGCAUCGCCUCCUGAUGUUUUUAUUAAUGGCCUGUUCGCGAUGGCAUUCCCGCCGACAAAGGUGUUUCUACGAAAGGUGGUGAAGGAGAUUAUGGAACGAUUUGCCCCUUCAGAGGAAGAAGAGGAUAUGAUGCGAACAAAUGUGUACAGACUUUCUCGAAUGGCGUUACAAAAUAGCCUCACCAGCUCAAUCAAACGCCCACGAGGCAGUAUCCCAAUGAUAGACUACCGCAAGUUCAUCGUAUCGGAGGUUGAUCAGAAUGACGAAAUUGCGUCUGAAAUGAAGGGAACGAUCAAGAAGGCCCUGAUGGACGCUGCCACUGAACAUGAUGAGAAUAAUGACGACAUCAUCACAUCGGAGGAGUUCGUCCGCGGCGAAAUCUAUAAGAAGAUGUUGUGCUCACUUCAUUCAGUUAAUGCUGAUGGGGAUUUUAUCAUGGACAAACCCGAGUUGGUCGUAUGGCUGAAGGAGACGCUUGAUUUAGAUGAUGCCUGUUACACGGAAGCGGUCCUCGAGACAUUCAUGCCUAAAGAUGCCGUCGAGUUGCCCAUUGAUGUUUUGUUGGGUGGUCUGAUGGCUGAAGCGUUCCCAAGCGACGCAAGGCGAAUAAAAGACUUCAUUUCCGCAAUCCGGGUCAAAUAUGGAAUCCCCGACACCCCGGAUUUGAAACCAGAAGAUGUGAGCGUUGAAACUGUCAUGACGUUGGAAGAAAAAUUAAGUUCACUGAUGGAAAAUCGCGACUUUGACAACCGUGGUUACGAUGGUCAGUCAUGUAUCCUGAGCGAUUGGAUCAGCGCAGUAGUGGAUAAUAUUGACGAUCCGGACGAGACGGCAAAAGCGUUAAUCAACAACGCCUUCCCCCACAACCAAAUGGAUCCAAGAUUUACCCGUAGAUUUGAUUUACGUGAGCUGUUCCGCUACAUCAUGAGCGAGGUGACUAACGACGGACGCAACGCAAAUUUACUGAUGCAAAUGCAAAUGCAAAGAGGACACCCGCCCUAUCGUCAUUGAAGAAAGAUUCGGGUGGCGAACUUGGAAACACUUGGGAAAUUAUUCCCCAAUAACUGACAAUGUAGGCAAUACGACUUCAACAACAACACACUGAAUAUACUCCAAACGUGUAAAUGAACUGAAAAGUACUGAUUAAUCCGGACGCCGUUGCGUCAUGUACAUGUAUACGCAUCAUAUUCAUAUAUAGUAUUAUUAUGGGUCGUAUGGAGGAAUUGUUUUAUUUCAAAUUAUAGAUUUUAGUCAUUGAUUAUUUCUGGUGCAAGGAGAAAACCGAGUUCUUAAUAUCAUAUCCUUGUUACCGACCUGUUUUCAACAGAAUCUUUUGAUUCUGUUUUCACUAAGUACGUGUCCGGCCGAAUUAAUUACUUGAGCCAUCAGUCCCAUCAGGAAUUCAAAUACGUAUCAGGCAUUCAUUGAAUGGCUGCGACCGGAAAUUUGCGAGCAUCCUGCGAUCAGG